AUGGGGCGCAAGGAGGGAGCGUGCCUGACGCAAGCUCUGCUCUCCUCCGGUGCGGAAGUUCAGAAUCAGGCCCUUCCCCUGGGCAUCAUGCUCGUAGGUGAAGGCCAAGGCGAAGCAGCUGGAAACUUUGUGCAUCCAAGAGGUGGGAGAACACCGGGCCUCCGGGCCAGUCUUGCCACCUGCUGCCUCACCCUCCCCGUCCUGGCACUCAACUCCCACGCUUCCCUUGCAGAGGAGGAGCGGUGCCUGCGGGCAAACGACCGGGCCUUCAACCUGCAGUUUGAUUAUGCUAAAAACUCCAUUAAAACCUCCAAGUACAACCUCUUCACCUUCCUGCCUCUCAACCUCUUCGAACAAUUCCAGCGCAUCGCCAAUGCCUACUUCCUCAUCUUGCUCAUUCUGCAGCUCAUCCCUGAGAUCUCCUCCCUCUCCUGGUUCACUACCGUGGUGCCCCUGGUCUUGGUCCUGACCGUGUCCGCAGUCAAGGAUGCCAUGGAUGAUGUUAAUCGCCACGCAAAUGACAAGCAAGUCAACAACCGGCCAGUUAAGGUUCUGAUUAAUGGCAGCUUGAAGGAAGACUUGUGGCUCAACGUUGAAGUGGGAGACAUCAUCAAGCUGGAGAACAAUAAUUUUGUGACAGCAGAUGUCCUCUUGCUCUGCAGCAGUGAGCCCCACAGCCUGACCUACAUUGAGACGACGGAACUGGACGGGGAAACCAACCUGAAAGUGAAGCAGGCGCUGACCGUCACCGCGGCGCUAGGGGGGGACCUCCAGGCCCUGAGCAGCUUUAAUGGGGAAAUCCGCUGUGAAGCCCCCAACAACCGGCUGGGCAGGUUCACUGGGACCCUUUUCUUCAAGAAGGAGAAGUUCGCCCUGGACAACGAGCAGCUGCUGCUGAGGGGCUGCAUCAUCCGCAACACCGACUGGUGCUUCGGGCUAGUCAUCUUUGCCGGGCCGGAUACCAAACUGAUGCAAAACAGCGGAAAAACCAUUUUGAAGCGGACCAGCAUCGAGCGUCUCAUGAACUACCUAGUCUUGGUGAUCUUUCUCUUUUUGGCCAUCAUGUGUUUGAUCCUGGCCAUCGGCAACUGCAUCUGGGAAUACAACCAGGGCUACCGGUUCCAGGUGUACCUGCCCUGGGCAACGGAUGUCAAGUCAUCAUUUUUCUCUGCAUUUCUUGUGUUCUGGUCCUACGUCAUCAUCCUCAACACCGUGGUGCCUAUUUCUCUCUAUGUCAGCGUUGAGAUCAUCCGCCUGGGCAACAGCUGCUACAUCGACUGGGAUCACAAGAUGUACUACCCACUCAUUGAUAUGCCUGCCCAGGCCCGCACCACCACCCUCAAUGAGGAGCUGGGGCAGAUCAGUUACAUCUUCUCAGACAAAACGGGGACCCUCACUAAGAACAUAAUGAUCUUCAACAAAUGCUGCAUCGCUGGGAAGCUCUAUGGUAAGAUGGGGCCAGAUGGAGGGGCGUCUCGCUACAAAGUUGACUUUUCGUGGAACCCUUUGGCCGACCCAAAGUUUGUCUUCUAUGACCACAGACUGGUCAGAGCGGUGAAGGCCAGGGAUGAGUCCACACACAGGUUCUUCCGCCUCCUUUCCCUCUGCCACACGGUGAUGACAGAAGAAACAAAGGAGGGCACGCUGGUGUACCAAGCCCAGUCCCCAGACGAGGGGGCCUUGGUGACUGCAGCCCGAAACUUCGGCUUCGUGUUUCGUGCCCGCACCCCCACGACCAUCACUGUGGUGGAAAUGGGGGAAACCGUGGUUUACGAGCUGCUGGCUAUUCUGGACUUCAACAAUGUGCGCAAAAGGAUGUCCGUCAUUGUGCGAAACCCGAGAGGUGAGCUGACUCUGUACUGCAAAGGGGCCGACACCAUCCUGUACAAGCUCCUCCAUCCCUCCUGCAAGGAACUGGAAGAAGAGACUACUGAGCACCUGGAUGAGUUUGCCGGGGAAGGUUUGCGGACCUUGGUGGUGGCUUACCGAGACCUGGAGGAGUCCUAUUUUGAGAGGUGGCGGAAGCGUCACCACAAGGCGAGCACCAGUUUGCAGGACCGAGAGGGAAAGCUGUCCAAGCUGUAUGAGGAGAUCGAGAGAGACCUGCAGCUCCUUGGGGCCACCGCCGUGGAGGACAAGCUGCAGGAAGGGGUCCCCCAGACCAUUGAGAUCCUGGGAAGGGCAAAUAUUAAAAUCUGGGUGCUCACCGGUGACAAGCAAGAGACUGCAGUGAACAUCGGCUAUUCCUGCAACAUGUUGUACGAUGCCAUGAAGGACAUCUUCAUCAUUCAUGGCGACAGCUGGGAAGAAGUGGAGCAGCAGCUCAGGUGAGAGAGAGAGAGAGAGACCAAGGACAGGAUGCAAGCAGACCUUGAUGCAAAGGCAGAAGAGUUUGAAGUCAAGAGGUCAACCUCCAGCUUCUGGAACAGAGAGCCUGGAGGCUUCUGGAACAAAGAGCCCGCCAGUGGAGACUACGGCCUGAUCAUUAAUGGACACAGCUUGGCCUACGCGCUGGAGGGGGAGCUGGCGGAAUUGCUGGUGGACACGGCCUGCAUGUGCAAGACGGUGAUCUGCUGCCGGGUGACUCCGCUGCAGAAGGCCCAGGUGGUCGAUUUGGUGAAGAAGUACAAGAAAGCCGUCACCCUGGCCAUCGGAGACGGCGCCAACGACGUCGGCAUGAUCAAAACUGCCCACAUUGGCGUUGGCAUCAGUGGCCAGGAGGGGAUGCAGGCAGUGAUGUCCAGUGACUUCUCCUUCGCCCAGUUCCGCUACCUGCAGCGGCUGCUGCUGGUCCACGGCCGGUGGUCGUACAUCCGCAUGUGCAAGUUCUUGUCUUACUUCUUCUACAAAAACUUUGCCUUCACGCUGGUGCACUUCUGGUUUGGCUUCUUCUCCGGCUUCUCCGCCCAGACGGUGUACGAUGAAUGGUUCAUCACCCUUUACAACAUGGUAUACACCUGUUUGCCAGUGCUUGGAAUGAGCCUCUUUGACCAGGAUGUGGAUGACCGCUGGAGCCUGCAGUUUCCCCAGCUGUACGUCCCCGGCCAGCAGAACCUGUACUUCAACAAGAAGGAGUUUGCCAAAUGCAUCCUCUACAGCAUAUACAGCUCCCUGGUGCUUUUCUUGGUCCCUUACGGAACCAUUUUUGAUUCCGUGCGGAGCGACGGGAGGGACGUGGCUGAUUAUCAAUCCUUCGCCCUCAUGGUGCAGACCUGUCUGCUCAUCGUGGUGUCGGUCCAGAUGGGCUUGGACACGGCCUACUGGACGGCCGUGAACCAGCUCUUCCUCUGGGGCAGCCUGGCCAUCUACUUCAUCAUCACCUUCACCUUGUACAGCGACGGCACCUACCAGAUGUUCACCUCCUCCUUCCCCUUUGUCGGCACCGCCCGGAACAACCUCAACCAGCCCAAGGUGUGGCUCUCCAUUUGCCUCUGCAUGAGUCUCUGCGUCCUGCCGGUCGUCGGCUUCCGGUUCCUGAAGAUGCAGCUCAUGCCGACCCUCAGCGAUCAGGUGGUGCGCAAAGUGAAGCAGCUCCGCAAAGCGCCCGGCCCGCCCGCCCUGAAGCACUACCUGCAGCGCAGCGCCUCCCGUCGCUCCGGCUAUGCCUUCUCGCACCAGCAGGGCUUCGGGGACCUCAUCACCUCUGGCCGGAACAUGCGCCUCAAGGCCCCCCCGGCCGGCUUGAUCUCUUCAUCGCCCUACGCCCAGAGGUACCGUCCGCGCUUGGAGAAGACAGAGGCGGGCGCUUCCUAG